AUGGUGUUAACUGAUGAACAAAGAGCAAGGAUUGCGAAAAAUCGAGAAGAGGCAUUGAGAAGAGCGGCACUUUAUAAGGAAAAUCAGAUGGUGAGAUUUUUCGGUGGUUUGAAAUUGGAAGGGAAUCGGAUUUUUGAGAAAAGAUCUGAAUCCAAUUUUUGAAAAUUUUCCGAUUCAGUAACCAAAACAUUUACCUUUUCGUAAAAUUUGGAAUUAUUCUAAAAUUUCAAUUGAGUUUUUCUAAGCAUUCUCGAAUCUUCAGAAAAUAAGGAAGUUGAAACUUUUCCUCACAAUCAACAAUAUUUCUGAAAUUCUGAAACUAAAUACUUUGACAUGUUUCAAAAUUUAAUUCUUUAAAAAAAUUUUGUAAAGAUUCUGAAACAAUUAUCCUAUCAAUGUUUGAAAAUUUUUCAGUUCAGGAAUACAAAAAAUCCAAUUUUUCGAGUUUUAGCUAAUUGUAAGAUUUUUCCAGAAACAAUCACAACCCUCUACAUCAUCCACAUCAUCAUCUUCUGUAUCUACUCAUUCUUCUGCUCCAAUUCCUCGUCCUCCUCCUCAACCAUCACAAACUUCCAACCAAAAUGUCCCUUCACAACCACCGCUCAAAAUUCCGCCAAAAACUGCUCCAAUUUUCGCACCGCGCACUAAUAAUUUUCAACAAAAACAAUUAUCGAAACAACAAGAGGCAAUGAUAAAUUAUAUACAAAAACCCGUGGAAAAUCGAUCAAAAAAUCCGAAUAUUGAUGUGAAAUUGAAAUGUUGGACGGGUAAUCGGAUUAAGGUGAGAACGUGGAUUUUGAGGAAAGACAACAUAUGCGGGAAACAAUUUGGAGUCUUAGACGCCACGUGGAUUUUGAAAUAUCUGCAAUUCUGAAUUUAAUAAAACACUGGGGAUUUUUUGAAGCCUCAUAAGUCAUAGCGCAGAUUUUUCCGCCAUAUGGCUUUUCAGAUUUUCAUUCAACCAAACUACAAUUGUAUUUAACAAAAACAGCAUCUUCUCCUUUAUAUUUCCCACGAAAAUAUUCUUUUUGACAAACUUUUUUAGGUCCUCGCAUUAUUUUCAUUUUCUGUGAUUCAAUCACAUGUCGGCAAAUUCCUGAAACUCCCAUUUACUUUUCAAAAUUUGAAAAUUGUUAGAUUACUUUGAAAAACACAGUUUAUAAAUGAUAAAUAAAAGAGAAAAACUAGAAAAAAUGUAAGCGUUUUCAUGUUGUUCUGAAAUGAAAAAAUAUAGAAUUUUUUGAAGCUUUUUCCAGACAUCAUAAAAAAUUUCAGAAACUAUACGAACAUUAAAAAAUUCGAACAAAAUCAAUAUUUCAGAUCGAAUUCUAUCCUUUCCACAGUGCAAUCGUCGAAGCUAUCAAAAAUGUUCCAAGUCGAUCAUGGGAUCCAAAUCUAAAAAUCUGGUCGUGCACAUUCGAAGAUAUCAAAAAAUUGACAGAAUGUUUGAAAACUGUAAAAGUAGCAAAUGUAAAUAUCGAAACAAUUCCCUUGAAUGUUUUACAUCUUUUGGAUUUCAAACCAAAACCAGCUCCUUUUGAUUUAUCACAAGUUAUGGAUCCAGAACUAAUUAAAAAGUUAUUCGGAUAUCAAAAAGACGGAAUUCGAUUUGCAUUGGAAAGAGAUGGUCGAAUUCUAUUGGCUGAUGAAAUGGGAUUGGGAAAAUCUGUGCAAGCAUUGACUAUUGCUAGAUAUUAUAAGUAAGUCAUUUUUAGAGAAAAUAUAUUAUGACGUGGCAAAACUAGCUUUACAUUAUCUUCACAUUUUUCUAGAUCCGAUUGGCCAUUGGUUAUAAUUUGUCCAGCUUCCGUAAAAGGUUCAUGGAAAAAACAAAUCAAUACAUUUUUCCCAAUAAUUCAUCGAAUAUUUAUAAUCGAUAAAGGAACAGAUGCACUUCCCGAUGUUCGAACAUCAAAUACUGUGCUUAUUAUGAGUUAUGAACAAAUGGUUCUCAAACAUGAAUUCUUGAAAAAACAAAGAUAUUUAACAUAUAUUUUUGAUGAAAGUCAUAUGUUAAAAGAUUCAAAAGCUCGUCGAACAAAAGUUGCAACGGAAUUAUCGAAAAUUGCACUGCAUGUUGUUCUUUUAUCUGGAACUCCAGCAUUAUCUCGACCAGCUGAAUUAUUCACACAAAUUCGAAUUAUUGAUUCGAAAUUGUUCACGAAUUUUCAGGAUUUUGCGUUGAGAUAUUGUGAUGGAAAACAAGGAAGAUUUGGGUUAGAGGUGAGUGAGAAAAAUUUUUCAAAAAUUUAUUUUUUUCAGGUUUCAGGCCUCUUUUUUGUUGCUAAAUCCUGAUUUUUUAGGCAAAAGGUUGUUCGAAUAGCGAAGAAUUGGCUGCGAUUAUGUUCAAGAGAUUAAUGAUUCGACGAUUGAAAUGUGACGUUUUGAAAGAUUUGCCGGAAAAACGGAGAGAGGUUAGUAAAUAAUUAAAACAAAAUCAUUUUAUUUUAAAAACAUAGAAUUUCUUGAUAGAAAUAUAUUCCUAUUUUCAAAUCUCUUGUUUGCAGGUUGUCUACAUUUCUGGUCCAACAAUCGAAUCUCGAAUGGAAGAUUUACAGAAAGCCAAAGCAGCCUAUGAUUCAAUAAAUUCAUCAGAUUUCGGAAAUCGAUCACAUGAUUGUCUUUUGGAAUAUUAUAAUUUGACUGGAAUUGUAAAAGCGGCUGCAGUUUGCGAACAUAUUUUGGAAAACUAUUUCUAUACUGAUGCACCGCCAAGAAAAGUAUUGAUUUUUGCGCAUCAUCAAAUAGUUUUGGAUACAAUUCAAAAUGAAGUUAUGAAAAGAAAAUUGAAAGCAAUUCGAAUCGAUGGAAAAACACCGUCUUCAGUUCGAACUGGCCUUUGUGAUUCAUUUCAAAAUGACGAUGAAGUUCGAGUUGCAAUUCUAAGUCUAACAGCAGCUGGAAUCGGAAUAACAUUGACUGCUGCAUCUGUCGUCGUUUUCGCUGAAAUUCAUUUUAAUCCUGGUAUUUUAGUUCAAGCAGAAGAUCGAGCACAUCGAGUUGGACAAAAAGAUAGUGUUUUUGUACAAUAUUUGAUCGCAAAAAAGACAUCAGAUGAUGUAAUGUGGAAUAUGGUACAACAAAAAUUGGAUGUUUUGGGACAAGUUAAUCUAUCAAGUGAUACUUUUCGAACUGCUGAUAAAACACAUCUACGUUUUACGGAUGUUAAUCAACCAAGUGUGGCUGAAUAUUUUGAGAAAACUCCUGAUACAUCAUUUACUGGAGAAGUUGGAGAAUGGAAAGAUCCAAUUUCUGAAAAUAAAGAAGAAAAUGAGAUAGAAGAGGAUGAUGAUGAUGAUAUAAUCGAAAUCGGGCCGUCUGCAAAACGUGGUAAAUUUUAA